UAGCAAAUCGAGGGGUUCAUUUUAAGUGCCCUUCAAAACAAUGGUGUCACUUGUUACCACCUUUUGGAACAAUGAAGCUAAGAGCUGUAGAUUCAGCAAGUCAAAUAUCAAAAAUAUGGGACCAUCAGGGUAAUAUAUAUCCUAUAACAAAUUCCUCAGUCUGAUAUCGGGUGUUGCGCAAGUGAUAUCUUUCUUCACGCUUUAAGUGCCUCGUCAGUUUUGAAUAAAUAAAUAAGCCAAAACAACAAACAUAACAUUUUUCAAUGGCCCAAAUAACAUAAACAGGUCAUCGAGGUACGCAUUUAGGGCGACUUGAGACCAAACGUCAAGGACAGCUUACUAAAUGUAUAAUAAAGCGGGGAAGAAAAAAAAUAAAUGAAACUAUUUUUUUUUGCGGUAGAGCAAACAAAUUUCCAUACCGUUAUGACGAAAACAAAUAACUCACACCCGAUCCCAUGUCAGUUAUUAAUUAUCGGCUCUAGAUCACUAAGAACCGUAAUUUAGAUGCCAUUAAUGUAUCCUAUUGACCUGAAAACGCCAAUCUUUUGGUUAUAUUUAGAAACAAUUUCCUUAGAAAGCUUGACAUCUGUGGUGAAAUAUGUUGGUUUGUUUGUUUAAGAAGGUCCGAUCCUUUGUUUAAAAGGUUAUGGACAGUGCAUUUUGAUGCAAACGAGUCCUGCAGUUCUGAUUGUAUUUACACGGUUGAUCUCGUGAAUUUACAUUAGGUUAAAUUCCACGGCAAAGAUAAGUCUAGUAAGACUGGUAAGUCGCCAUGGUGGAGUUUUUCGUUGACUUUGCGGUUGUCUUCUUUUAACGAUUUGGUUAACUGAGGUUAAUUCGGAAGCCAAUUUAAAGCCUCGUAAAUUGUCAGUUCAUAAGUACAGACCUAGCGGAUGCUAUUUUCUACGCGGACAUAAAAUAUUGCCACGCAACACGAAGUUGACGAGUGGAAAGUGGUUAAUUGAUUGGUGUUCUGCUGGCAACAGUCGUAAUAUGGGAGACUGAAUCCCCUGCAAAAACUGUGGAAGAGUGAAAACGCAAAGGUUUCGAACAAAAUAUGGGGCUGUGUAGAAUACAGAGAUUUGCAAUUUGACUGACGACCCACAGAUCCAUACUGACAACACGAUACAGCUACCGACGAAUGGCGAACAUGUUGGGCAGUAAAGCAACGGACAGCAGACUGAUCAAGGAGUGUUGGAAUGUGACAUAUCCCAGAGCAUCUUACAUUAGAAGCCAGUCUGAAAAGCCUAAUCCCUCUAACCUCCAAGAGUCUCCAUAUGAAGACAGCAAACGGUCUCAUGCCGUGAUUCAACUUCCCAAAAACUCAAAUGGGCCUCUAACUCAAAAAGACGGAGAGUCAAGUCAAAAGGCAAAUUUAAUUAACUUUCCUCGCAAUUUUUCUGAACUUCAAAAUCUUCCAGUACUCGGUGACGACGUCGAACAAGGAAAUUUAAAGCUUAGAAAAACAAUUUCUUCUGAAUCGGUUGGAUUUGAAAAGCUGGUUGCUGUAAACAUCGGGUCACAGAAAACCCCACCGAAGACCAAACAAGAGCAAAAAUGGCUCCCUAAUCAAAGUUUAAAGAAGGGGAAAGCGAUGCCAAGACGUGCCUCUCUUCCAGCGAGUUACUUGGAAAAUUUUCUCUCGGUUAACAAUAUAAGGAAACGAGCUUUAAGUAAUGCUUCAGCCGACUCGGCUGAAGAUGGUGUAGUGCCCAUGAACGGCGAUGGUAGACUUCCUUCGCAAAAUUCAACACGUAAAGCAAAAAACGCUUGUCGAAGGAAAGCCAGACGUAAUUCGAACGAAGAUAAUGUAGUUUCAGGCACUGAAGUAACUGAAACAGUAUUACCCGCAAUUGAGGUACACGAGUCGGUUGAAAAAGAGAGUACAAUAGAAGACGACGGAUCUCCAAAGCCGAUGCCGAUUGAGAGAUUUCGCAAGAUCGUUCAACUGCUGUGUUUUCUGUUGAAAAUGAAGACUUCUAUGGACAGGAAAUACCGCUCUCAGAACGCAUCAAAUGUGUUUGCCGACCUUGACGAAGAAGCUGUUACCGGAGUGGACGUUGACGGAAUGGUGUUCGACCCUAACCACUUUAAAGCAGUACGCGAGGUACAACUCAGCCAAGAAGCUAUUCAUAUCCUUUCUUUGAGUCCCGGAUCAAGAACGGAAGAGCAACUUCAAACUGCCUUAGUCGCGCUAAAGACCAGCGUUGCUGCUUUUGGCGAGUAUCCGCUGAAGAUGCAGAGGCGGCUUGUGUCUGUCGGCUGGUAUGAAAGGUUUGAAGCUAAGAGAGUAAUUAUACGACAGGGUCACACAGCGGAAAACUUCUAUUUCAUUCUUUCUGGAACAGCACUGGUAACGCUACUCGUAAACGAUACUGCUACUAGUGAACAGAGAAACACGACUGUCGCAGUUCUAGGCAAAGGAAGCAGUUUUGGGGAAUUGGCAUUGCUUCACCACAAAACUCGAAGUGCAACAGUUUUGUGCAAAGAUGAAGUCUCUCUUCUAGCUGUUUGCAGGGAGGAUUUCCGUGAUAUUUUUAUGAGUUACGAGGACGGUAGAGAGCCCGAACAUAUCCGCUUUUUACGAAGUGUCCCUUAUUUGAAAGAUCUUCCNGCUGAAAAAUUGUAA